AUGCGUCGACAUCGCGCGGAGUGCGGGCGACUGGCGCGGGUCGCAGCCGGACCGGAGAUUGAAUGGUCCCCGGUCGGCGGAGCGCGUGCCGCUGCGCGUCGCUCGGGGGCGCGCAGUGUACCGCGUGGGGGGGAACCGCGGUUUGUCGCACGGUCGGCUGGCUCACCGCGCCGUGGUGUCGCGGGCGCCGAUGCGCGCGUGCGGGCAACGCGCCGCGCGCGGCGCGCGACCCGCUCGGCGCCCCGCGCGAAGCCGCGCGCGCCGACGCGCACGGUAGCCGAACCGCGGGAGGACGCCCCGUGCCACCGCUGCGAGCCGGGUAGGGCCAGCGCGGGGCGGCCGCAGCGCCCGGAGCUCGGUCCGCGCGGCUGCGGCGAUGUAGGCCGCCGCGUGCGCCUCCGCGCGCCCCGCGUACCUGCGCGCGCGCCGGCCCGCGACCGCGCGCAGUCGACGAAGCGGGGAGGCCGCGCGCAGGGCCGGGGCGCGCGCGACGCCCGCUUCCGCGAGUCGAGCGGCGGGUCAGCGCGCAGGCGUCGCGGCGCGCGCGCGCGCAUGGACCGUGAGUCCUACAACCCGCGCCGUCACACGGUCGGCCGCGCCACGCGCGACGCGGCCACCGACGGGCACGCGGGGGGGCGAUCUGCACACGCGCACCGCCGGGGCCGCGCGGGCGCGCAGCGAACACCGGCGCAACCGCGUCACGGUGGUACACCGCGGGGCAGCGCGGCACCGCGCGGCACCGAUAACUACACCGCGUUGGGGCGCGCCCAACUGGCGGCGAAGGCGGCCCGAGCGGCUGCUCUCGCGUACGAGGACACCGCGGGGCGGACUUGGGGCGCGCGUCCGCUAGUACGCACCGCGCCGCGACGCAGCGCUGGCCUGUAA